GUGUUACACAGCUGCACGCUGUCUCACUGCGCGGGUUCCCGGGCUAGUUUGGUUUGUAUCUUUUAAAAAAAAGGUCGCUAUUUGGUUUUAUUCAGCUGAGAAUUUAGUAUUUUUUUAAUUUGGGAGUGCAAUCUGCUUCUUUAACGAUAAACUAGCGGCAGAAGUGUAUUUUCCCAGAAGGUUAUAGGUAUAACUUCACAAUAUUGGGUAAAAGAAAACAAACAAACAAACAAACCUAAAGAGCAGCGUGUUUGAGUCCUGAGGCAGCUGACACAAACUUAUUUUCCUGAGUCCAGAGUCAGCAGCUGAAAUGAGUGUGAGUGUUAAAGAAGAGGCUCGCAGUGUGUCUCCUCUUUGUCCCAAACACAGUGAAAGUGAGGAGCCAGAAGGAGCUGCAAUGAAGGUUUCUACUGCAGUACAAGGCCAGUUUGAAGAGGUGCUCAUAACCGAGGAAAUGGCUGAGAUGGAAAGGAAUUUACAGGAAGAAGGGGAGAGAAAGGAGAGAGAGAUGAUGGAAAAGGCGAGACAGUCCUGGGAAAAAGACACUCAGGAAAUGCGUUUUAAGAGGCUGCAGCAUCUUUUGGAGAAAAGCAACAUAUACUCCAAAUUUCUGCUUACUAAAAUGGAACAGCAGCAGCAGGAGGAGAAAAUAAGGAAGGAGAGACUGGAAAAGAAAGCAGUAAUGAAAAAGGCCAGUGGCAAGAAGACAGGAAAAGUCGAGAGGAAGAAGAGAGAGAGGGAGGAAGAUUAUAAAAUAGCUGAUAUUAUAUCCAAAGAGGAGAUUUUGUCAAAAGCCAAGAAACAGAAGGUGGAUGAGGAGGCUCAAAGCCAGAAGAAACUCGAGGCAGAAGAUAUAGAAAAACUGAGUGACUCGAACUCUGAUAUAAAAGGGCGACUGUCUGAGGUUGUGCGGGAAAAUGUUAAAGAGAUGCUGGAUCCAGUAAGGAAAGUGAAUGGGCAGCCUGUGCCUUUGCAGCAACCCAAACUCUUUACCGGUGGCGUGAUGAGGUGGUACCAGGUGGAGGGAAUUGAAUGGCUGAGGAUGCUUUGGGAGAAUGGAAUAAAUGGUAUUCUGGCUGAUGAGAUGGGACUGGGAAAGACCAUACAGUGCAUUGCUCAUAUUGCAAUGAUGAUUGAGAAGAAAGUCCUGGGACCAUUCUUGGUUGUAGCUCCUCUGUCCACUCUGACCAACUGGAUUAGUGAGUUCAGGCGCUUCACUCCAGAGGUGUCUGUAAUGCUUUACCAUGGCUCACAGAAAGAGAGAAUAGACCUUGUCAAGAAAAUCCGCAAGCCUGAGGGUUCCCUGCAUAUGUGCCCUGUUGUUGUGACUUCAUUUGAAAUUGCCAUGAUUGACAGGAAGUAUCUUCAGCGUUUCCAGUGGAAAUACCUGAUUGUGGAUGAGGGUCACAGGAUAAAGAACUUGAACUGUCGUUUAAUACGAGAGUUGAAAAUGCUUCUGACUGAAAACAAACUGCUGCUGACAGGAACUCCUUUGCAGAAUAAUCUUUCUGAGCUGUGGUCUUUGCUUAACUUCCUUCUCCCCGAUGUCUUUGAUGACUUAAAGAGUUUUGAGUCAUGGUUUGACUUCAGCACCAUCACCUCAGAUGUUGAGAAUCUUGAACGAGAACAAAACGUUCUGUGUAUGCUUCACCAGAUUCUCACACCCUUUCUGCUGAGGCGACUGAAAUCAGAUGUGACUUUGGAUGUUCCGCCAAAGAAAGAGAUUGUGGUAUAUGCUCCAAUGACAGCCAAGCAGGAUGCCUUUUACAGGGCUAUUGUUGACAAAACCAUUGCAAAGGUGCUUGGUCAGGAAAAGGAUGAGACUGCACCAGUACAACGGUCAUCCACUGGGCGACCUAAACGUAGAUCUCGGAAGGUGGUAGACUAUUCUGAAAGCAAGGACUCUCCACAUGACCUAGAAAAAUACAUUGAAGCAGUUCAAAAGGAGAUGGAAAGUCAGCAGGAGUUUGCUCCUCUGGUAGACAUUCAGAUGCCUAUUGAUGCCCAGAUCAACCUCAAGCUACAGAACAUCCUGAUGCUCUUGAAGCGAUGCUGUAAUCAUCCUUAUCUCAUUGAAUAUCCUCUUAUCCCUGGAACUCUGGAAUUUAAGAUCGAUGAGCAACUGGUGGAGACAUCAGGGAAGUUCUUAAUUCUUGACCGAAUGCUUCCUGAACUGAAAAAACGAGGACAUAAGGUCCUAAUUUUCAGCCAGAUGACUUCUAUAUUGGACAUCCUAAUGGACUACUGUUGCCUCCGGGGAUACGAGUACAGCCGACUAGAUGGGAGCAUGAAAUAUACUGACCGAGAAGAGAAUAUAAAGAAGUUCUUCUCAGAUCCAGAGGUCUUCCUCUUUCUCCUGAGCACGCGAGCUGGAGGCCUCGGGAUCAACCUUACAGCUGCAGAUACAGUCAUCAUAUUUGACAGCGACUGGAACCCUCAGGCAGACUUGCAGGCUCAAGAUCGGUGUCACCGUAUUGGACAAACCAAGCCUGUAGUGGUGUACCGUCUCAUCACAAUAAACACUAUUGAUGAGAAGAUCCUGGAAAGGGCAUCUGCUAAGAGGAAACUAGAGAAGAUGGUGAUUCAUGAAAAGAAGUUUAAAGGGGGGAAAGCUGAUCUAAAGCAGUCUAGAAGCCGUGUGGAUAUGAAUGAACUGAUGGACAUGCUGAAGGCCAGCGAUUAUGACAGGGCAGUAAAGAGCACUAAAGGCAAGGUCAUCAGUGACAAAGAUCUGGAGAUUUUGCUUGACCGCAGUGACCUUUUGGAUCGAGACAAAAAGAGUGUUCACCAAGAGAAGGAUGGCGUGUUCAGGGUGGUUGACACUAAGAAAGAGAACGGAGAGAUUUGUCUGUCAUAAAUGGCCAAUGAGGAAGAAAGUGUACGUGUGACAAAGUAGAUGGCACUAGUCAAGUGAACUGUGGUCUCAAUCUGCUGUUUAUAAAAACUGUAUAGUCUUUUGCUAGUUAUUACUGCUAAUCCUUCCUGUUUUUUGCAUUGCUGCUCUAAUUUUGUCAUAUAGUGACUUUGAACAAUUGUCUGUAAUCUCAGAAGACUGGUGGUUUUGUUCAGAUUUAGAUUAAACACUGCUACCAUGAUACUCGUCUCCAUAGAAUGCAGUGUACUUUACUAAAAGUUUGGGAAAUGCCAGUGGGAAUUUGUACUUGUUGCACCUUAAAUCCUUCUGGGAUGUUGAUGUUCUCUAUUUUAAAACCAGUUCUUGUUAAACUGUCAUCUACCCUUCUGUGCAUUUCAGUAAUUCCACAGAAGGGAUGUUAGCUCAAAGCACUUUGAAAAGGACGUUGUUUCAGGUCCUGCUUAAAAUGAACCAUGAUGUUUUGCUUCAAUUUAUUUUUCAUGUCUACAAAAUUUAAUAAAUGUAGUUUUGUAUAGCAAAA